AAUAAUGUUGGGAAAUUUUGAGAAAAAGAGAAAAGAAUUGGCGACUGUUUGGCUAUAAAUGGGAAUGUAUUCUUUCCUUAAACCGAACACGUCAUAGUCUAAUCCUCAUUUUUGAACCCUUCCUCUUCCUUCUCAUUCUUCUUCCUCCCAUAUCAUAAGGCAAAAUUGAGAAAUGGCGAGGGAGAAAAUCAAGAUAAAGAAGAUUGAUAACCUAACGGCGAGGCAGGUCACGUUCUCUAAGCGACGGCGAGGGCUUAUGAAGAAGGCCGAGGAGCUCUCAGUCCUGUGCGACGCCGAAGUUGCGCUCCUCGUCUUCUCUGCCACCGGAAAGUUCUUUGAGUAUUCUAGCUCCAGCAUUAAAGAUGUUAUAGCUAGAUAUAAUUUGCACUCUAGUAACCUUGGAAAGUUGGAAUAUCCAUCCAUCGGGUUGCAGGCUGAAGAUAGCAACCACGUCCGAUUGAAUAAGGAAGUUGAAGAAAUGAGCCAACAACUUAGGCAGAUGAGGGGAGAGGAUCUUCAAGGAUUGAACUUAGAAGAUUUGAAGCAAUUGGAAAGAAAGCUUGAAGUUGGUCUCACACGAGUUCUUCACACCAAGGAAAAGAAGAUUAUGAGUGAAAUUGAUGCGCUUGAGCUUAAGGGAGCGAGGCUGAUGGAAGAAAAUAAGAUGCUUAAACAGCAGAUGUUAAGGUUGUCGAAUGAGAGAUUAAUGGCUGUGCUUGUGGAUUCCUCCGACGUUCGUGUAGUGGUGGAAGAAGGAGUUUCGUCGGAAUCCGCCGCCAACGUCUAUAGCUGCAACAGCGGCCCUCCUGCCGACGACGACAGCUCCGACACCUCUCUCAAAUUAGGGCCUCCUUGUCCAAAUUGAGGCAGAAGUACUUUUCGAGGGAUGAAGAAGAUGCAAAAUAGUAAAAGAUUAAAUGCAACAAAUGAAAAUGAAUUGUUGGAAUUAUAUAAAAUAUCUGUUUAAUAUAAUUCAUUAAAAGAUUUUAGUAA